GAUCACAGCGAGAUCACAGCGAGAGGAAGGUGAGAGCAAGGCAGGCAGCGCGCCAGCCCCCCCCCCCUGAACUCGAGCGGUCACGGGAAGCCACCUCACGCUUCAGCUGCAACUCUCCCCACACUCGACUGCGCUCAUAGAGCCAGUGGCUACGCUCGCGCAUGGCUGACGCGACCGAGCCUGAGCUUGGAUCGGACGACUGGGUCGACGAGAGGCACAAGGCAGUGUUUGGCCACAGCGGCGGCGAUGAGGCCGAGAGUGCAUUUGAUCUGCUCAAGGUCUUCUCGGAGAUCCAGGAGGUCGUGCCGGGCGUGUGGCUGACGUCGCUGGACGGGGCGCAGCAUCGCGCACGGGUGGCCGCCACCGGCGCGUCGCACAUCCUCUCGCUCGGUCUUCCCAUCCAGAUGCCGCCAGUCUUUGCCGGUGACGACGAGCUCAAGCUGACAUACAAGAUCAUCAACAUUGCCGACGACGCCCGCAGUGAUCUCAUCGGCGUCAUCCGCCCCGCACUGACGUAUAUGUCCGAGGCCGUCUCCACCGGCUCAGGCGUCAUCGUCCACUGCCAGGCCGGCGUCUCGCGAUCGUCGUCGGUCGUCAUCGCCUACCUCAUGGUCGAUCCGGCCCAUCGCCUCUCAUAUGCCGCCGCUUACGAGACUGUCCUUGCUGCCCGUCCCAUCAUCGAGCCGAACAUCGGGUUCCUUGCCCAGCUCGCAGCCUUUGCCCGCCAAGGCGCCCGCCUUCCGCCGCCGCCCGACCCCGAUCCCGAUCCCGAUCCCGCCGCAUCUCAACACCCUCACACUCACCCACUCAUCGGGCUCGGAUAUCUCCUCUGCCGCUACCACGUCCUGGACUAUGCGCUUGUGCUGAAAGACCUGCCCCUGCUCUCCCACAAGCUUACCCUUGCCGCCCUCGUCGCUGCUCCCGCCGUCUUCUUUGUCUUUGCCCUCGCUCUUCCCCUUGCCUCGCUGGCCCACGCAGAACGCGCCGCCUUUCCCAAGCCUCACUCAGACUUCCCACGCCCGCGCUUCCUCACUGCUGAAGCCCAGCUCCGUCGCCGCGGCUCGUUCUAGCUCCAUUCUCUCCCGCCAUGGCCUCGUCGUACGG